CAGUGUCAGAAGUGCAAAGCUAUUUGUGAUGAAUUUUAUUUGUUGUUAUUCAGCACACAGUUAAGUUUGGGGAUCAUGGAAGAUAAUGGACAAAAAAAAUGGCACUGAGGUCAACAUUUCUGCAAAUGAAGAUAAAACAAUGUCUGCCAACCUAAAAUACCUUUCCUUGGGAAUUUUGGUCUUUCAGACCACCAGUUUGGUUCUAACAAUGCGUUAUUCUAGGACUUUAAAAGAAGAGGGACCUCGUUAUCUAUCCUCUACAGCAGUGGUUAUUGCUGAACUUUUGAAGAUAAUGGCCUGCAUUUUAUUAGUCUACAAAGACAGCAAAUGUAGUCUAAGAGCAUUGAAUCGAAUACUACAUGAUGAAAUUCUUAAUAAGCCUAUGGAAACCCUUAAACUUGCUAUUCCUUCAGGAAUAUAUACUCUUAAGAAUAAUUUACUGUAUGUGGCAUUGUCAAAUCUAGAUGCAGCUACUUAUCAGGUCACAUAUCAGUUGAAAAUUCUUACUACAGCAUUGUUUUCUGUGUCUAUGCUUAGUAAAAAAUUAGGUGUGUACCAGUGGCUUUCCCUAGUGAUUUUGAUGGCAGGGGUUUUUUUCUUUUUUCUUCAGUGGCCCUCAGAUUCUCAAGAACUUGAUUCUAAGGAACAUUCAGCUGGCUCUCAAUUUGUAGGCCUCAUGGCAGUUCUCACAGCAUGUUUUUCAAGUGGCUUUGCUGGGGUUUACUUUGAGAAAAUCUUAAAAGAAACCAAACAAUCAGUGUGGAUAAAAUGUUUUUUUCUAGGUUUCUUUGGUAGUUUAUUUGGAUUGAUGGGUGUAUACAUUUAUGAUGGAGAAUUGGUAUCAAAGAAUGGAUUUUUUCAGGGAUAUAACCAACUGACCUGGAUAGUUGUUAUUCUUCAGGCACUUGGAGGCCUUGUAAUAGCUGCUGUUAUUAAAUAUGCAGAUAAUAUCUUAAAAGGAUUUGCAACCUCUUUAUCCAUAAUAUUAUCAACACUGAUAUCCUAUUUUUGGCUACAAGAUUUUGUGCCAACCAGCGUCUUUUUCCUUGGAGCCAUCCUUGUAAUAGCAGCUACUUUUCUAUAUGGUUAUGAUCCCAAACCUACAGGAAAUCUCACUAAAGCAUAGUUGAAUAUUGUCCUUUAACUGUUUUUUCACAAUGGUGCACUAGGAAUCUCAAUGUUAAUCUUACACAGAGGACUUCUGCAGAUACUAAGAAGAUAUCAUCAUGCUAAAUCUAAGCAUAUUCAAAUGAUUUGAAAAUAUGAAAGCUUAAGGACAAAAUAUGUGUAUAUGUAACAAAAAUACCAAUUGCAUCAAGAAAUCAAAAUGUGAAAGUAUUUCCCAGGAUUAUAAUUAUUGGAAGAAACUUGAAAUCUGAAUGUUAAAAAGAUUUCACCUUUUUGAUUGUUGCAGAACUGUCCCCUGCACUCUGCAAGAGCACACAACAAAUAUCAGAUGUAAAUUUUUGCAAAUUCUAUUUAAUCUGUAUAAAUGUUUUUUAAUCUUGCUCUUUCUGUACAGAUAUGUUAAAUCACAUGUAAUAUUCAGAGUUUGAAAAUUAUUAUCUAUAAAGCUGUGAAGAAAUAGAAGUAUGAGUUGAAAAACAUUUUUAUGUAUCUGAGAUUUUUAUAUUUCUACAAAAGAUUACCAAACAAAGGCUUGCAAAUGUUAUUUGACCAACUACAUAAAAAUUGAUAAGUAACAUUCUGGGUCUGAUUUGUCAGAGGAAAAAUUUUCAUAUUUAAAUAUAAUAUAGAGGAAUCCACACAUCUAUUUAUCUACAUUUUAAGAUCUUUUAAUGCUUUAAAAUGGCUAAAAGCAAUUCAGUUGCACCUGUGCUAUAGUAGUCAGUGACAUUUAUGCUAAUGGAGUUUGGUCUUUAAUUUCUUAACCUCAUUUCUUUUCUGUAAAUCAGAUAAAUUUUUAAUAUUAUAUUUUAAAUUAAAUUUCUGUGUGUUAAUUUCCAUUAAAGUUU